AUGAAGUUCUCCAUCGUCUUCGCCGGCCUCUUCGCCUCCGCCACCAUGGCCUCUCCCCAGGGCAACAUCACCCCCAACACCAUGGGCGCCCUCGAGCGACGUGCCUCCUUUCCCAUCCCCGCCUCCAAGGGAUCCGUCACCUACAACAAGGCCCAGACCAUCUCCGGCACCUUCGACGGUGGCAUGAAGACCUACGGCCGUGGCGUCAAGUGCACUGGUCAGGUCGAGGGCACCGACGCCGAUGCCGUCUUCAUCCUCAAGAACGGCGCUACCCUGAAGAACGUCAUCAUUGGCGCUGAUCAGAUCGAGGGUGUUCACUGCGAGGGCUCUUGCACCAUCGAGAACGUCUGGUGGAAGAAGGUCUGCGAGGAUGCUCUCUCCCUCAAGGGCGACGGUAACGCUCUCAUCAAGGGUGGUGGUGCUACCGGUGCUGAGGACAAGGUCAUCCAGCACAACGGUCUCGGAACAGUCACCAUCGAUGGCUUCACCGUUGUUGACUUCGGUAAGCUCUACCGAUCUUGCGGUAACUGCAAGAAGAUGGGCACCCGCAACGUUGUCGUCAAGAACGUCAAGGCCUUCAACGGAAAGGUCCUCACUGGCAUCAACUCCAACAAGGGCGACAUCUCCACCAUUACCGGAACUUGCGCUUCUUCCGUCAAGGAGAUCUGCGUCGAGUAUGAGGGCACUGUUCCCGGCAAGGAGCCCAAGAAGAUUGGCUCCGGUCCCAGCAAGGCUUGCAAGUACUCUUCCGUCAAGUCUUGCUAA